UGCCAGGUAAGGCAGUAGUACCACAUGUGUCAGGUGUUUUUUUUUUUUUGCUUUUAUUAAAUGCAUGACUGUUCCUUGGGCAAAAAUGAAGAUUCUUUAUGCAUGCACAUGUAAUUUGCUCUCACUAAAGCAUAGGAUUCCGAGAUGAUGAGAGUUACAGGAUUGUUGGUCCUCCUGAUCGGACUCUGGAAACAAUCCCACUCCCAGAGAAGUAAACCAGUGUUCCAGGAAGUUACACAGACCCUCCUUCCUCCUGACAGGAUGCACAAUCCAACACAGCUCAACUAUGGAAUGGCAGUAACAGAUGUAGAUGGUGAUGGCGAUCUCGAAGUAGUGGUGGCCGGAUACAACGGGCCUAACCUGGUGUUGAAAUAUGACCGCACACAGAAUAAACUGGUAAACGUUGCUGUGGAUGACAGUACCUCGCCAUAUUACGCUCUAAGGGAUGUAGCUGGGAACGCUAUUGGUGUCACAGCCUGUGAUGUGGAUGGAGAUGGACGGGAGGAAAUCUACUUCCUCAACACAAAUAAUGCCUACUCUGGACGGGCCACUUACUUCGACAAGCUCUUCAAGUUUCGUAAUGGUCGCUUUGAGGAUCUGCUCAGUGAUGAGCUCAACGUGCGCCGUGCCGUCGCUAACCGCAUGGCGGGACGAUCUGUGGCAUGCAUUGACAGAAAGGGAACAGGCCGCUACUCAGUCUACGUGGCAAACUACGCCAGCGGCAACAUCGGACCCCACGCUCUCUUAGAGAUGGACGUGGCUGCCAGUGAUGUGGCAAAUGGCAUUAUCGCGCUGUCUGAUGUUGCUGCCACAGCUGGAGUAAACAAGCUCACAGGUGGACGCGGGGUUGCGGUUGGACCCAUCGUCAGUGAUACGAGGUCCGAUGUUUUCUGUGACAAUGAAAGAGGACCCAACUUCCUGUUCAUGAACAAUGGAGAUGGAACUUUUGUUGACAUCGCCAGGCGGGCAGGUGUGGAGGACCAAUACCAACAUGGUAGAGGAGUAGCACUGGCUGAUUUCAACGGCGAUGGAAAGACAGACAUUGUCUACGGCAACUGGAACGGCCCCCACAGGCUUUACCUACAGGGUAGCAACUCUAAUUUCAGGAAUAUUGCGACUACAGGAUUUGCAACCCCCUCCCCGAUUCGCACAGUUAUUGCAGCUGAUUUUGACAAUGACAGGCAACUUGAGGUGUUUUUCAACAAUAUUGCCUACAGAGGCAAUGCUCCCAACAGGCUCUUCAGGGUGUCGAGAAGAGCUAAUGCUGACCCUUUAAUCCAGGAGCUUAAUGUGGGAGACGCUGCAGAGCCUCAAGGCAGAGGAACGGGCGGCACUGUGACUGAUGUGGAUGGAGACGGGCAGUUGGACCUUCUGCUGGCACACGGAGAGAGUGCAGCGCAACCAAUCUCUGUCUUCAAAGUCACACAGGGCUCAACAAAUAAGUGGCUUCGAGUCAUUCCUCGCACCCAGUUUGGCUCGUAUGCGCGAGGUGCUAAGGUAACAGUGUUCACCAAGACGAGUGGAGCUCAUAUGCGCAUCAUUGACGGAGGAUCUGGGUACCUGUGUGAGAUGGAACCUGUUGCCCACUUUGGAUUAGGAAACGAUGAUGUUUCUGUGCUGGAGGUCUCUUGGCCUGCUGGUAACUUCAUCACCCGUAUCCUUCAGCCUGGCGAAAUGAAAUCAGUGGUGGAAGUACCAUUUCCCAGGGAGAGAGAAAUGUCCAUGCUUGACAGUGACACAGAGUGUGGUAAAGGCUUUACUGUGAUGAACGGCCGCUGCACAGGCAUCUGAGGACAUGUUCGUCUAAUCCAACUUCGAAAAAAAGCGAUUAUUUUUCAAACGUUGCUUUGCUGAGCCUUGUUUUAUUGCCUGACUCUGAGUGUGAUGAGUAAUCUUUUUGUUUAGUUUUUUUUUUAUUAUUAUUCUAUUGCAGUUAAAACUCCCAUAGUUCACUAAAAAUGCUUAUUAAUGCCUUUCUUCCAUUCUGUCGUUACAAUCUCCUGAAAUAAAAUGUUUACAAUCAA